UAGAACCAAGCACGUGCGUGCAGAUAGGCGGCGCAGUUUGUUUUUAAUUAUUUAUUAUAUAGUUUAUUUUGUAUAUCCUAAUGGAGAAAGAUUACAAAAAGAAUCUACGGAAACACGCCAAACAGCUAAUCCAUGAAUUUUUAGAAGAAAACGAUUGCGAAGCUCUUAAGCCGAGCAGCGCUAAAAAUAGCUGCUGCGGUCUUGGACUUCAGGAGUUUGAUGCCCAAACGCACGACGCCUGGAUAUUGCAAUGCCCAAAGAGUUUGGAUCCCAGUCUGCUGGAGGGGAAGCGCAUCAAGAUGCCCGGACGUCGCUUCGUGGGCGAGCUCCAAGUGCGGGGCACCGAAUAUACGACACCGUCCUCUGAAUCCAUUGGCUAUACGAAUGUCAAGGGAAAAAAUAGAGUUAGCAAAAUUCCCAUCAGUGGCGUUGUGGUGCUCAGCAAGCGUCUGAAUGUGGCGCAGCCUAGUGCCAUCGAGGAGGACAACUCGUUCCCAACUACCGCACCCCCACCGAUCUUUAUGAAGCCUGUUCGCCAUCCGUUCUUCGGCCGUGAUUACAAGAAGCGCAUCAAGGUGCCCAAAGCCGUUUCACGAAACCUGAUUGAAGCGAUUAAUAAAAGUACAGAGACAUCAGCGUUUCUGCGACGCAAUGGAAACUUUUACAAGAUUCGCAAGCAGAUUCAGGGAACUACACAGACUCUGGAGGAGAAGGAGUUCGAUGUGCGUCAAUCGGUGUUGACCGGCGUUACGCCAGACUUUAUGAAGACGAAUGUGCCGACGUACAACCUCGGGGACCUCACCAGCGGCGACAAAGAAGUACGGAUAAAAAAGAAGCACAGCACACAAAAGGAACCGAUCUCACGAGAUCAGCUCUCGUCAGUUGAGAAGCCAAAAAAGCGCACAGCCAAUGGAGAGGUCAAAUCGAAUGGAGACCUGAAAUAUGCAAGCCAUAACGGCGCCGAUGGGGCGUCACAAAAGAAACGAAAGAAGCUGAUACCCAAUGGAGAAGUCUAAACAAAUGGCAAUGAGAUAGAUUUAAUGUAACUAAUAAGAGUAACUGCCUAGUAAUCGAAAUCAGCUCAAACUGAAUUGAAACGUUUCUAGACUCCGGAUAGGAUAUCAUUUAAAUUUUUUUUUUUGUUAUGUUAUGUCCAGUUUUAUGAAUAAAUUUCGAGUAUGGAAAGAUUGGAUGUGAGGGAAGAAAAGAGUCAGUCGUUCACAUAAGGAAAUAAACUAAAAAGAAUUCAGUUUGA